AUGACAGAACCUAUAACUCCACGCCGAAAAAGAAGACUUUCUGAUAUAUUUCGAUUACCAAAGAAAGAAUCAAGAGAAGAUGAUAGUUCUUCUAAGUAUAAAUAUGGUAAAAAGUCUAUUCUCUUUAUUGGUGAUCUUGUUGCUGAUAAAAAUGAAUUGGUAAAUACUUAUUUAAAUGGAAAGUAUUUAGCUGGAAAACCUCAGAAAGUUGAUGAUGAAGUUAUUGUUAAAAGACUUGACGAUGAAGGUAAAUGUAAAGUUGUUAUUAUGACAUGUGAGGGAGAGGAAAAUUACCCUGGUAAUAGAAAAAAGCUAUAUGAAGGAAGAAAUGUUGUGGUGUUGACUUAUGCUGUAGAUAAUUUAGAGUCUUUUAAAAAUAUCGAAGAACUUUGGCUACCAGAAGUUGCCUUUUAUGAUGAAGGAGCCUACCUUGGUUUAAUUGGUACACACAGUGAAUCUGAUGCUGUUGUUACUCAAGAAGAAGUUUUACAAUUUGCCAAAAAUAAUAAUAUUCCAUUUGUUGCUGAAGUUUCAGCAAAAAAUUAUUCAAACGUAGAUGAAGCUUUUUUUGAUUUGAUAAUAAAAGCAGUAAAUGCAGAUUUCGAAAAGAAAGGAUUGCCCUUAAUUAAAUAA